UGAAUGUUACAAUUCUUAAAUAUGAAUCCUAAUAAAGAAUGCAAAUGCUAUUACGGUUACAUCCUUAUCACAUUAUGCACUAUUAUCAUGGCACAAGACCAUGUCGGUGUAUGCGGUCGCCAGCAUAAACGUAAUAACGUAUACUUGCGUGAUAAAAUAAUCGAAUUACAAUGUUACGCCAGAUGCGAAACAGCAACGAUAACGCAAUUCGACAAGUGUCUUAAACAAUGCCAAUUAGAAUUGAUAAAGGCGCCGCGACGUGGCUACUGCCCGUUCAAUUCAAUAUUUAAGAACAUGAACAUACCAUUGCAAGGCCUUUCCUGUUUAUAUAAUUGUAGCUAUGAUUACGAUUGUCCAGAGGUGCAUAAAUGUUGCCAAUCAACAUGCGGAUCUGUAUGCAUUGAACCGUGGGGUGUGCGUGAUGAUAGCCUAUUACCGCCUAUACCGAAAAUCGAAGAGUACACGCUUAUCAAGUAUGAGCAAAAGGUGGAAAUCAAUUGUACGAUUAAUUCGUUACAAACAAAUUCAACAUAUUUCUUUCAUGUCGAAUCACGCCAUCACGUUGGCCACUCGUUAAGGCCACGCAAAUUUGGGGCUUGGCAAUAUCAACCGGUGGAUAAAAUUGCUGAAUUACAUGACUAUAAUAGCAAACUUUUUAGUACAAAAGUUGGCUUCCAUCUGCGUGCGGUACAUUGGUAUCAGGUACGUGUUGCUGCGAUAAAUGCGUACGGUUUUCGUGGUUAUUCAGAGCCGUCACAGGCUUUCACUUUACCCAAUCAUCCCAAACCACCAAAACCACCGGCUGAUUUAAAAGUGGUAUCAUCGCAUUUCGAUGGCAAACAUUAUACCGUAAAAAUUGUCUGGUGUACAUCGAAAUCGAAUCUACCUAUUGAGAAAUAUAAAAUCAUUUGGGCUCUUUAUGUUAAAACCAAAGAUGAGUCUUUCAUCUCGAACGAGACAUACGUCAAAGAGCGUCAUCAAUAUGAAAUAUCAAAUUUACUACCAGAUUCAAGUUAUUAUAUACAAGUACAAGCCAUGUCUAUAAAUGGGCGCAGACGGUUGAAAUCGGAACCUCGUUUCAUACUUUAUAAUACCACAACCGCACCCACACAUGCCUAUAAACCAUUGAAAUGCGGCAAAGAACCGCAACAUAUUAUCAGAGGUUUUAGUGACAAUCAGCUAACGGCAGCAGACGGCAAAUCAUCAUCUAUGAUAACUUCAUCACAUAAGAAACUGCUGCAACGUAAUGAUCCAUCGAGUGUAACGAGUGUUGUUAAUAGCAAAAACAAUAGCAAUAACAAUAAUAAUAAUAAUGAUAAUAAUAAUAAUAAUAAUAAUGAUAAUAAUAAUAAUAAUAACAACAACAACAAUCAUAAUAACAAUAAUAACAAUAAUAAUAACAGUACUUACAAUGUGCAAUUAACAACGAAUGCAUUCGAUAUCAAGUUUUGCUUAAAUCGUAAAAAUGAUUUAAUCGUAAUUAUCUCAGGUUUUCCUACACGUAAAGGAAAAAUUUAUGAGCUUUGUCCUCAGGAAACGAACUGCGAAGAAUAUAAUGCAAUACGAGCAAAAAAGGGUCCUCUGGUGUUUAAUAAACUCAGCUGUAACAUUACGUAUGCUUUGAAGCCUCUAACGGAAAUUGGCGGUCAUAGCAUGAAAGGCAUCACUUUUGUAACACCUACACGUGAAUAUAUACGCAAAGAUUGUCCCAAAGCGAAUUCAAAGUGUUGUAAAAAUGAGAUUAAACUAUUAAAAUAA